CUCUCCCUCCAUUGGAUUCAAUCAGGAACUUUUAUCACUAUGCCCAUAGUGGACUUCUUAUAGGUUUACAGGGAAGUACUGUUAACGCAGUAGAACCCUUGUAUAACUACUUUUGUAUCAACGUGUUCCGUCUGGUUCGACGGAAAAAGAACUUCAACUUCGAAAGUGAAACUGUAUUUUGGUUGUUAUGGCUUCGAAUAUUGUGUUUAUUCACGAUCUUCCUUUUCAGCCUCGGAGAGAAUUAUGUCGUAUACUUGAUGCUGAUAGACGAUGGGAGGAAUUAGGUGGAAAUCAUAUGAAUUUGGACGUAACAACAUUAACACUUAUUGGACAAGCAAUUCAUCGAGAUAAAAGCCCAACAUCGGAACUUCUUAACAAGUACAGCGAAAGAAAUGGAACUAUCAAAAGAUUAUUCAUAAUGCUUGCGAAAAUGGAUCAUCAGCGAGCUAUGUCAGUCUUGCAACCAUAUGUGGAAGAAAAAUACCAUCGUCUUCUGCGUACGGAGAGCCUAUCAUCUGCAUUUUUGUCUUGUUCAAAAAAAGAGGCUACUUCUAGACCAUCUUUAUCACAACUUUCAAUGUCGUCUAAUCAAAGUCAGUGGUCUCAGUCUAGGCAUAAACAUGUACCAUCUGCAACUGGCCUUUCGUAUAAAAGUAAAGAUAUUCAGUCUUCCACUAGUUCAAAGUUUAAGAAUGAUUUUGUUAACCUGAACCAAGAUGUUAGUUCUGUUUCUCUGCAGUCAAAAAUGAAGAGCUUGGAUAUGCCACAGUCUCCUUCAAAAAUUGCUGUUAAAAAGUCACCAGAUCUUAGCAAUUUUAAGAAAAGUUGUAAUUGCAAAGCGGAAACGGUGUCUGAUAACUGCAUAUCAGAAAAAAUUAAGAACGUCAAAAAGUUGCCUCAAGAAGUGCAGCCAAAUGAAAAACCGCAGAAACAACCAUCACACAUUCCAUGUGCGGUUAAUGUAAAUGGACAGGAUGAUUCUCUGCCAGAUAUUAUGCAUAUACCAUAUAAAGAUAUAUGCAGAGCUACUGAUAAUUUUGACAAGGCUCGUGUUUUGGGAAGAGGUGGCUUUGGAACUGUUUACAAAGGAGAAUGGAAAGGCACAUCUGUGGCUAUUAAAAGACUCACACCUAGGGAAAGCUCUCAUAGCCCUUCUCAGCAGUUAACAAGCAUCAAGCAAUCCCUGAAUGAACUUAAUAUUCUUAAAUGUUGCCGUUUUGAUCAUAUUUUACCUUUGUAUGCUGUGUCUUUGGAUGGUGCAAAUCCUUGUUUAGUGUACCAACUUAUGGUUAAUGGCUCUUUAGAAGAUAGGCUGUUAUGUAAGAACAAAACUGCACCCUUAACAUGGUCUCAGAGGAGUCACAUAGCAGAAUGCAUAACUAAAGGCUUGAAUUAUUUGCAUACUACUCCAGGAAAACCUCUUGUUCAUGGUGAUAUAAAAAGUGCAAAUAUUCUUUUGGAUGCAAAUAUGGAUGCAAAAAUUGGAGAUUUUGGUCUAACUAGAGAAGGCCCUGGUUGUGAUGAUACACAUGUGAAAGUAACAAGUGUACACGGAACUGAAUGCUACUUGCCACCAGAAUAUUUACGACACAGGCAUUUGUCACCUCAAGUAGACAUAUACAGCUAUGGCAUUGUUUUACUUGAAAUUGCAACUGGCUUAAGACCAUUUGAUCCAAAAAGAGGUGAUGCUAAACGAUUGGUGGAUCAUGUUAGGAUUUGUAAUGAUGCUGGACAUUUGGACACACUGCGUGAUACAAAAGCAGGAGAAGAGAACAUGAUAUGGUUUAGAGAACUCAUACAAAUUGGUCAAAAAUGCAGCAGUAGUGAUAAAAAGAAACGACCACCCAUGCAAGAGGUUUUGCUUCAAUUUGCUAAAAUUAAGGAGGAAAUGUCGAUGGUAGACAAAAUAAGACGUUUGUCUAAUGACAAGGGAAGCGGUGCAAAAGCCCUCAAAUUGAACACAGAAAUGCAUUUGAGUCCAAUCGAGCUUCAGCUCUAUUAUGAUUUUCAAAAGAGUGGGCAAAGUGGAGUUUCAGGUUUCAACAAAUUAAGUACUUCUCCACAAAACAAUGGAAUAACUGAUGAUACCCCAGUAAUAUUGGAUCCAGCAAAUGCUUUGAAAUCUACAUCUCCAAAAGUUAAUGAUUCAAGCUCUGAAAUGUCAGAUUCUGGAGAAACCUAUGAUUCAUCUGAAUAUAGCCAAAGUCAAACUGAAGUUGUUGAUAAUACAGCUUACUCAAAACACAGUGUUUUGGAAGAUAAAAGUCCUGCAGAUGAAAAAGUUGUUUUGCCUUUGAUAACACUGCUUCAGUUGCGUGUAUCUGAAUCUAACAAUACAUCAGAGGAACUUAUUGCUGAAAAAUCCUCAUCAAGUAUCACCAGUAAUAUUAAUUAAAGUUUACUUAUUAAAGAAAAUUUAGUAUGAACAGAAUUUAUUUGCUCAUUAUUCUGAAACUUUAAAAAUUAUAAUGUGUAUGACUGUAUGUAUUGUAAACAGAAUUAUAAAAUAAUAGCUUUUCUGCAGAGUUUUCAAAUUAUGCUCUUCUUAAUUGUUUUAAUAUAUAAAUAAAACAUAUUUCAUAAAUAUAUGUUUUUUAUAUUCUUAAAUUAGUUUUGUAAAUAAUUUUGUUGUUGUUAUUGAUUAUUUUGUACCAUUAAUCAUGGAAAACUAAGAUUCAGUUUUGCUUCAUAAUUGCCAGAGGCUAACUUUUUCCCCUAAAAAGAAUUUUAAGCAAUGCAUUCUAUAGUUGUUCUAAUCCUUUAGAGUAGUGGUCUCAAACUCAAAUUUCAAACUGCAUGUAGGCUGAAUACAGAUCUAAAAGCAGCUGAUGCCAAAUUUUCUAUUUUUUCUCCUUCCUUUUUUUUCUGUCUUACUGUUUUAAUUUUUUUAAUACCAAAAUGAAAAGUUUUUUAAAUAAAACAAUUUUUUCCACUGAUAUCUAAAUUAAUUAUUCAUCAAAACAUGUGUAAAUAGUAUUAAUAAUGAUACAAAGGGAAAAAUUCUAAUUUUUUUUCCUGUUCGAAAUCUGAAGGUUAUGAUAUGUAAGAAAUAUCUGUUACACUUUGCAAUUUGAACAUAUCGAUAGCUAAAUAUAAAAUUUUCAGACUGACAUUUAUUUCAAAUAAUUCUAAUGUAUUGAAUUAACCACUAAAUAACUCACUUUUAUCUUAAACUAAAAACAAUUAAUUACAAACUUUUCAAAUGGAACAAAACUUUAGAAUAAAUAAUGAAGACUUAUCUUUCUUUUACAUAUUAAAAUUUUCUCUGACACAUAUAGAAAAAAUAUAUUUAUGUAAAUAAUUAUAAACUUCUUUCUAACUACAACAUUUCAUUUCAUUUUGAUCAUUACCAUUUUUAAUGGUAGUGAAAGUAAUGCAAAAUUAAACUCAAAAUCAUUAAAAUCUGUAACUUGUCUUCAAAUUUUUGUCAUAUUAAUACUAAUUAAUUUAUGUGAAAUGUAUUGGUGGGCUGCAUAAAAUUGCUUCAGGGGCCACUUGCAGUCUGUAGGCCACCAAUUGCAGUCUGAGACCACUGCUUUAGAGAAUAUUAUUUUGCUUCCACUGUGUGAACAUGGUUGUAAGUGUGCUGUUGUUACUUAAUAUAUUUCUCCAGUAUACUUUUGCUUGUAGUACAUUUUAAAUUUCACAUCUGUGCUUUUCAGAUUACUUUUUUCGAACCUAAACAGCAGGUAGGGAAAAACUGUUGGUGCUGUAUAAAAAAAAAAAAAAAGUGCCAAAAUGUUUCUAACUUAAUGAUAUGUAUCAAAGCCAAAAAGAUGUAUUAAAAAUAAAGGGUUAAUACAGGAACUGUGAUACAUGUUUGUCCUGAAUUUAGUACAUAAUUAGGAUGAAAAUAUUGUGCAAGGAAAAUAAAAUCUGUUUUUGAAAAUUUGUGGAAUUUACUAAAAAAUUUUCCAAAUGUGUAAUAUUUUAUUGAAAUAUAAUUGAUGUAUGUAUAAAUAAUUGGAAUUACUAGCUUUGAAAAGAAAAUCCCAUAGCUUGAAAUGUAGGCAAGAAUGAAUAUAUUUAUAGUCUGUUACAAUUAAAAUAUGCAUUUCAAGGCCA